GGUCCCCAUAUCUACUAUUACUACUCAAAGUUCAAAAAAGAAAAAACGUAUAGCUACCUCUACAUAUGAUCCAUCAUCAAUAUAUACAAUCGAUACUGAUCAAGAUAAUUCGAACUUACUUGAAUUUGAUCAUCCAACUGAAGAUCUUUCAACUUCUUCUAAUCUGCUUCUACCUUCUGAAGAUACUAGUUAUUAA